CGGUGACAUGGCCAUUUGUUGCUUUCCCCCCCGCGUCGUUUUUGGAAUUUCAGACGCGGGGGGGGGCCUUGUAGGCGAGCGAAAUACAAACAAAAACGCAUAUGCUGUUCAAAUGAACAUUUCCGAGUCAGGAUUUUUUUUUUGGUCUGGGCUGACCGAGAGAGAGCAAUUUUAGACGGGUAGAUUCUUGAGGUAUUUUUGCUUGCAAAAACACGCAUCAAAACGGGUGAGUCACCUCAAAAACAAAAAACAGUUCUCAAACAUUCAAAACUGCACUUCUUUAGAAACUUGAUUCCCCACGAAGCGCACGUCUUGUAGUAAUUUUUUAGUCGAACUUUUUUCUCACCAUCGGCACAGUUUACUUUCCUUUCUCAUUCAAAUUUAGCGUUCCGAGAACACCACUACCGUUUGUGAAAGAGAAUUCAUAGGUCCUACAACUUGCUGCUGAAUUCAUAAUCCUCGUCUUCGCUAUGUCCCACGGCAACAACAAUUUUAUGCCGACGUCGUCUGUUGCGUACCGACCCUACCAUGGUGGCCGAAAUGACAUCUGGGGGUCCGACCUGGCCGUGCCGAUGAUGCAGGACUACGAACUGGUGCCGGUGGCCUCCAUGAUCGCACCCGCGUCCCAGUUUUACCAACCUUCGGCGCCGGCUAACUUCGCGGGGAAUGCCUGUGUGGUGAAUACCACGCCAGGUAUGUUAGCCUAGUGAUGCAUUGAUCACCAUGGUGAUGCUCUUCGUUCUCGUUUUCGAAACGGAAAUAGGAACAAUUCAAGCACGGAUUGUUUUGUCUUUCUGAUGAUUUUUAAUGCAGGCGAAGUUAUUCGAUUUCGAAUCAAUUCGUGGUGAAAAGAUAAAGAAGAAGAAAUCUUCUAAAUUGUGCAGGUCAAACGCAACCCAACGCCAUGCUGAUGACGCCGCAGCCCACGAAUGGCAUGAUGGGCAGCAGCGUCACAAAUACUCCUGCGACUACCUUGUUUGCCGCAGCAGGGAAGCGCUCGAGCAACUACGAUGAUCACGCGACGAAGCGGCAGAAGGUCGACUUUUGCAUGCAAAUGAUGCACAACUAAGGCUAGCAAGCUGUCUUCUUCUUUGCAGACCUAGAACUUUUUUUUUUCCACAGCGACACUCACUUUCUUUCAGUUAUCACAUCUUGGCUUGAAACUUUUCGGAAUUCAUCAGUCUACCAAUGCUUUGAAAUCGCAUCUUUUGCUAAGCAACUGGCUUCUAUUUAGCGCAACCACAACCCUUGAAAUUGUUUAUACGAAUUACUGCAUGUGGUCCGCUUGCUGUAGCUGUUGCUAACAGGAAUUGGAAUAGUCCGCUUUUCGCUGCGCGAGUUUUCGUCUGCCAAUGUCGUAGCGUGCUUUCUUCUAGUCCUGCAGCAGCUGUCAGCACAUCAGUCUGCAAAUCAUUUUGGUCAAUUACUUGCUAGCCGACGGCAGAGAUUUUAGGUCAGCUGAAAUCCACCGUCUAAUAUCGUGGUCUCAAAACGUCGUCAAUGAACAAUCAACUGUAUUGAACUGUUGAACACGAAGGAAUGUGAAAACUCUAAGGUAAACGAGAAUAUAGAGAGAAGGACAGGAAGAUUAAAAAAGCUGGGCGAGUAUGUGGACCACAAAAAUAGAAUCAGGUAGUGAAAUGUAAAUGACCCGAAGCGGUGAAGCACAAGUCUGACUUCAAAGAAUAGCGCGACGCCAAAACGAGUUCUCGUUACGGUAUCUUUCGAAACUACGGGCUUCAUCAUUUAUACUUUUGUCAGAGAAUUUCCCCAAAAGAUGAACUGUGCAAAAACCUAUUUGCAGCAUUUGCGAGAGUUUUUUUACGCGACAGGCGUCCUAAAUCUAGAUUGAGAU